AUGCCUUACAAUCAUCUCGCCAAUCCAAGCCCCAUGGGGUUUGGUGGCUUUGCAACUACCUUGAUGACUCUCUCGUUGUCCAUGAUGGGAUUUCGUGGUGUGUCAAAUCAGACUGUCUUCAUCGCAAAUCUUUGCCUACUUGCCGGGGUCGGGCUUCUCAUCUCCGCACAAUGGGAGAUGGUGAAAGGGAACACUUUCGGAUACACAGUACUUACUGCAUUCGGUCUUUAUUACGGUGGUUACGGUAUACUAAUACUUCCAUCGCUGGGGAUAGUGGAGUCAUACGGCGGCGAAACAGCCGAAUAUCACAACGCAUUCGCAUUUUAUCAGCUCGUAUGGUGCUUUCUGAACUUCGUCUUCUUCCUCGCAUCUCUGGCAACAAACAUUCCGAAUGUUCUGGUCUAUGCCGCCUUGGAGAUAUGCUAUAUCUUCAAUUGUGUCGCUCACUUCGUGCAGGCAGAUGGCAAAUCGCUCUUAGCGGAGAGGUUUACGAAGGUAGCCGGUUCCUUCGGUUUUAUAUCAGCGCUGGCGGGAUUUUACCUGCUGGCACAUGGAUUGUGUCAAAACGCAAUCCCAUUCGAGAUUCCCUUGGGUGAAGUCCAUGGGAUUUUUCGACGCGCAGCGCCUAGCUGUAAGCCCAUCGAUGAAACUGAAUGUGUCUGA